CGAGAAGUUAUGUAAGUUUUCUCUUCAGUGGAAAUUUCCACCCGAGGACUUUAAACUGUGGGCGAGAAUUACAAGAUGGUGUGGUAUGAUGAGAAAUAUAGUUAAAUAAGAGAGGAGAAUAUAUAGCAAAAGAGAAAAGAAUACAACAAUGCGCGCGAUUCCACUCUCCACGGAAGCUUUCCUAUUCCCUCAACCAUCACCCACUUCCAUUAUUUCCAUUACCCAUUCCUCCACCCUUUUAUCCUCUCACCCUUUUCAUUUCAACAAAACCCUCUCCACCACACCACGCUCCUUCACCUCCAAAACCACUCCUUCCUUCUAUCCAGCUUCCAAAUCCAACAACCCAAUCACUUAUGAAGACGACGAAGACGAUUCCGGGAAUUUGUUGGUUACAGAGGAUAACGAAGUUCAAGAGUUAGAUUCGUUGGUUGAGGAUGGGGUUUUCAUAGAGGUCACCAAGCUUGAGAAGAAUUCACGCAGAAUUGAGUCUAGGAUUUCAAUUGACGCUUCGCUUGAUUCCGUUUGGGGUAUUUUGACGGAUUAUGAGAGGUUGGCGGAUUUUAUUCCUGGACUUGCUCUUAGUAAAUUGAUCCAAAAGAGUCCCAAUUUUGCGAGACUUUUGCAGAUUGGAGAGCAGAGCUUGGCAUUUGGGCUAAAAUUUGAUGCCAAAGGAGUUAUAGAUUGUUUCGAGAAAGAAUUGGAGACUCUUCCAUCUGGUAUGAAGCGUGACAUAGACUUCAAGAUGAUUGAAGGGGAUUUUCAACUCUUUGAAGGAAAAUGGUCUAUUUCACAGCUGUUCAUCAGUGGAAGUGACGAGUCUCCAAUACGAGAGAUUAACACGACACUUACAUACGUUGUUGAUGUCAAGCCAAAGAUGUGGUUGCCCGUUGGGCUCAUAGAGGGUAGACUUUGUAAAGAGAUAAAAAAGAACCUUAUAGCCGUAAGAGGCGAAGCUCAGAAAGCUACUGACAGAACCAUGGAUGUAAAUCAAUUUGGAUGAGGUUUUGUAAAUAUUAUCAUAGAAAAAAUGACUACAAGUCAAAUUCAUUGUGUCAAUUCUCACUUUGUAAAGUUGCAAGGUUGGCCAUAUUCUGUUCCUAAAUUAUGUUCAAGUUCUGGACUGGACCACACUGUUAUUUACUUUGAACCCUUUAUACUCACUUGAGAAAGUGCCAGUUGUUAUUUUCUGCUACUGGGAACAGUUUCAAAUACUGCUGAAUGUAGGACUUAAGCUAUGUAAGUGCAAAGGUCUGUAACACAGGUAUUCAUGAAGUUGGAAAUGUUUGGCUGACCAACACAGAUAACCACACCCAUUGAAAAGAUUGACAUAAGAAUGCAGUACUCGUAGAUGAAUGAUGGUUGUUGUUACUAUAACCGGGGUGGAUUUAUAUUAGUAAAUAAUAGUGCUAAAACAUUUUAGUUAUAAAAUAGUACUAGUAUUUUACAUUGAGAAUUUAGUGCAAUUAAUGUUUUUUGAGAUGUUUGCAUAGGUCACUCAUAUCAAACACAUCCUUGAGUCUCAUGGAAUUUCUCAAUGUUACCUCUAGUAAUGGGAACAUAUGGAAUUUCUCAAUGAUAUCAAUGAUACCUCUAGUAAUGGGAACAUCGUCAACAUAGAGACAAGUAGCAAAAUCUGUGAUUUCAGUACCUUUUAUGUAUACACCAAUUAAUUGACUUAUGAGGAAGAAGCUCAACAAGUGGCCGUGGCCAUGUGUUAUUUCUCUCUA